GCAGCCUCUGUCUCACCUGGAAGAGAGAUCUCUGAAGUCCACAGAAUGUGCGACGCCUUCGUGGGAACCUGGAAGCUGGUCUCCAGUGAAAACUUCGACGAUUACAUGAAAGAAGUGGGCGUGGGCUUUGCCACCAGGAAAGUGGCCGGCAUGGCCAAGCCUAACAUGAUCAUCAGCGUCAAUGGAGAUGUGAUUACCAUCCGGUCAGAAAGCACUUUCAAAAACACCGAGAUUUCCUUCAAACUGGGCCAGGAAUUUGAAGAAACCACCGCAGAUGACAGGAAAGUGAAGAGCAUCAUCACCCUAGAAAGCGGGGCCCUGGUGCAGGUGCAGAAGUGGGAUGGGAAGUCCACCACCAUAAAGAGGAAGCGAGAGGACGACAAGCUGGUGGUGGAAUGUGUCAUGAAAGGCGUCACUUCUACCAGAACUUAUGAAAGGGCGUGAGCCAAGGGGAGUGGCCCUGGACUGAAAUUUGCAUCGAGCUCGACAAU